AUGGUAAGUGGAACGCGCCCAGCACCAAAUCAGGCCGACGCGGUCGCAUUCUGGCGCAGCCUGUGGUCAGAGCCUGUAAACCACAACGAGGGCCCUUGGACGGAAGUUGUGGCGAGUCAGUGUGCAGUACGCCUCUCGAAAAUCGACCGUGAUUUCCCCUUUGCGAGCGACCUUUGCGACCUUUGCGAUACGGACUCAAUUCUUUUUGGCGCCGCGCUGGCAGUCUGCCGUAUCAUAGGCGCCAAGGUUUCCACGGCUGGACGCGCUACUGGCCAAAGUAGCGUUAUCCCAGCAUGGAGAAAAAGAAUUGACGAGCGUAUCGCAAAGGCUAGAGCUCUCAUCGGCAGACUGAUAUGCUUCAGAUCAGGAAAUAACAGGCCAAGAAUUGUGCGCACCGUCAAGAUGGCAUUUGCUGGGACAAAUGUCAGUUUGUCCACGCCGGAUAUAAUGCAAAAACUGACGGAGCGCAUAGAUGAUCAGAAGCAGAGAAUCGCUGCUUGGGGAAAGCGGAUUCGGCGAUAUACCGAGAGGUCGACUCGGUUCAACCAGAAUCGUCUCUUCCAGAGUGAUCAGAAGAGGCUCUAUGAAUCAUUAGAGCGACCAAUGGCAAGUGGAACGGGCCCAGCACCGAAUCAGGCCGACAAUGUAACAUUCUGGCGUGGCCUGUGGUCAGAGCCCGUAAACCACAGCGAGGGCUCUUGGACGGAAGUUGUGGCGAGUCAAUGUUCGAGUAUAACGCCCAUGGACCCCGUCAUUAUAACGCCGGAUGACGUAGCUGAGGCGGUCCGUAUUGCCCCGCACUGGAAAAGUCCGGGACUCGACGGGCUGCAUCACUAUUGGCUGAAGGGGUUUGUGUCAAUAACAUAUCUGCUGCUGAACAUUUGCCACAUAAUACGUAUGUAUAAAACACCGGCCGCACUUCAACGUCAACCUAUUACCACUUAA